AUAAAAUAGCUUGAUGUCAAUUUCUUUUAAUAAUAAUAAAGUUUGAAGCUUCGCUACAUAAAAGUUAAGCAAUUAAAUUAGAUUUAUAAUUAAUUCGAUCAGUGAUACAGUGAAUUUAACGGUGUGUAGAAGGAAACCUGCAUGAAUGUGGAGAGUUUAAUCAAUGGGGUGAUCUUUCUCACGUAACGAUAGAGAAGCAGUCCGAAUCAUUGCUAUUUCAAAGUUUACUGAGUGAUUUUAUAACUGCCAUCAACACUCGUCCACCGAACGGAGUGUAUGACUUUAUGGGAAAUAUAAUGAAAGGCGCAACAGCAACCAAAAUGUCAUUCAGCUCCGAUAAACUUAUAAAAUUUGUGCCUGAUCGUAUCAAAUCAGAAGGCUAUCCCGCAGAAGUUCAUACAGUUGUAACCGAUGACGAAUAUAUAUUGCAAUUACAUCGAAUUCCGUAUGGAAAAAUUUCGCCUAAAAGUAAUAAACCCAGACCGCCUGUAUAUUUAAUGCACGCUUUUAUGGAAUCAUCCAAUGGCUGGAUCGUAUUGGGACCAGAAAAUUCUUUAGCUUACUUGCUUGCAGACGAAGGCUACGAUGUUUGGCUGGGUAAUGCGAGAGGAACCGAACCAUCACGUCGCCAUUUAAAACUGAAUCCAAAUGGAUGGAGACAGAAGGAAUAUUGGUCAUUUUCGUGGCAUGAGAUUGGUGUGUUUGACUUGCCAGCGUCAAUUGAUUAUAUUUUGAAUGAAACGAAAUUCGAAAAAUUGAACUACAUUGGUUGGUCACAAGGUUCAACGUCAUUUUUCGUUAUGGCUUCAAUGCGCCCCGAGUACAAUGAUAAAAUUAUCGAAGCAAAUUUACUGGCGCCGGUUGCUGCGUUGAAAGGCACGCGUAAUCCAUUUUAUAAUUCAUUCGCCAAUUCUUAUAGCGCGAUCAACAAAUUACAAAUGUUGAGAAUGUAUAAAAUUAUUCUAAACAAUGAUGCCUUAUUGAAAAUUGCUGAAACUGUCUGUAAAGAUGUGGUAGAUUCAACUCCGGCUAAAUGUAAACUCAUCUUGACUGCUUUGAAUUCAAACCAAGUCAAUUGCACAAGUUUGCCAUCAAUUUUAGUAGGUACUCCAUCUGGCGCUUCACUAAAACAGGGUUUGCAUUACCUUCAAUUGAUACGUAACGGUGGAUUUCGUCAAUUUGACUACGAAAGCAAAAAAAUUAAUCAAGAAGUAUACGGUCGUGAUACUCCACCUGAAUACGAUUUGGCUCGAGUAACAGCUCCGAUAAAUCUGUUUCAUUCGAUAGAUGAUGACACAGCCGUGCAUGAGAAUGUGAUUCAGUUGCAAUCCAAAUUACCAAAUGUAAAAUCAAGACAUGUCAUUCAAGUGCGCGAUUUUGGUCAUGUCGAUUUUGCGUACAGUCGUUACGCACGAGUGGGAUUAAACGACAAACUUAUUAGUACCAUCAACGAGGCCAACCGAAAUAAUUAAUCCCAGAAUGUUGAAUGUUACUAAAUGAAUUCAUAAUAAGUGACUUUGAAUUCAGCAAACUUCUAAAUUACGAAAAUCAUCAUGCAUGACGCGUGCAAAUACUUGAAGUACAAAAAUGCUCAUUUAUCUCUGUAGAAAAAAAAUGUCCAUAAAAAUAUAAUAAAAUGAAAAUCAAAGCA